UCCCUGUCCAGAGAGAGCAACUACUCUCAGCUUCAGCCCUUGUAUAGAUCCUCCAAACAGACUGAGAAGUAUGGCAAUGACAACUUGUUUGACAUGGAUGCAAGAAAAAAAGCUGCAAAAUCAUUUUGGAGAAAAGCAGUUUAGCCUUCUCUAUAAGGCCAGUGUCCAUGAAUUCUCUAGUGAAAGUUUGCUUCAGAGAUGCUCUAAACAAGGACCUAUUAUAACAGUGAUUCAUAGUGAAGAUCACAUUCUUGGGGCGUAUGUGCCAAAGAGCUACCCGGAAGACUGUUUCAUUAUCCUUUUUGCCUUUCAAGAGACUACAAUUUCACAUUGCAAAAUAGGGCCAUUUCAACUAUCUAUGUUGUUUUAUGAAAGUGAUAGAAAUUCUGAAUUCAAUAUAAACCUAGAGAAAAAAGAGGUGGCUAUUAGCAUAAAUACAAUGGACAAACUUGGACUACCUCAGUGUUAUAUUUCCUUCCAGGAAUGUGAAGUUUUUCGAUGUGAAGAUUUAUUGGACAAAAGGAGGAUGGAUGGGCUCACUGAGCUCAGGGAGAGCUUAUUGACUGCUAUAAGAACUUACGAACCAUAUGGAGGCCGGGUUUGCCAAGUACGAAUUCUGCUUUUGGGUCCAAUUGGAGCCGGGAAGUCUAGCUUUUUCAACUCAGUGAAGUCUGUUUUCCGAGGCCAUGUAACAAACCAGGCUUUGGUGGGGUCUAAGACAACCGGGGUGUCUGAAAAGUACAGAACGUAUUUCAUUAAGGACGGGAAGGAUGGCAACACCCUGCCAUUUAUUCUGUGUGACUCAAUGGGGCUGAGUGAGAAAGAAGAAGGGCUGCACAUGGAUGACAUACCCUGUAUCUUAGAAGGCUGCGUUCCUGACAGAUACCAGUUUAAUUCCAUGAAACCAAUCACACCAGGUCUUGGUAACUAUACAGGCUGCCCAAUGCUGAAGGACAGAAUCCAUUGUGUGGCAUUUGUAUUCGAUGCCAACUCUGUUGGUCACCUCUCUGAUGAGAUGGUGGAAAAGAUCAGAAGAAUUCGAAGGGAGUUGAUUAAGUGUGGUGUGGUCCACGUGGUAUUGCUCACUCAUGUGGAUACCUUGGAUCUGAUUACAAAAGGUGACCUUAUAGACAUAUACAGAUGUGUGCCUGUGAAACUCAAGCUAGAGGCAGUUCACAGAGAACUUGGAUUUGCUCUUUCUGACAUCUUUGUGGUUAGUAAUUAUACCUCAGAGUGGGAGCUGGAGCCUGUCAUGGACGUUCUGAACCUCUCUGCAUUGAGACAGAUGCUGUGGGCUGCAGAUGACUUCUUAGAGGAUUUGCCUCUUGAGGAAACAAGUAGAUGUUUUUGAGAUAUAGAAGCUUGAAGGUGUCAGCUACAUGGCUACUUCCGGUUUGGGUACAUCCUAGAGGAUCUAUACUACUUCUCAUCCCCCCUGUCUUAUUUUAAAAUGAAAUAUUUGAAAUGAUCGACCUGUGUCAUUCCCACUGUCUGAACAUCCCAAGCAGUAUCCUUGCCCUCUUCUGUUAAAAUGGGCUUUGCUGCUUGGGACCCAGAAUGGGAUUGGCUCAGCAUUGUUUCUGAUCAGAUGUGAUCUUUGAUAAUCGGUUCUCCUUCAGACCUUAUACUUCCACCUUUAUUGACUUGACUUUUCAAUGCCUCUCCCUUGUCAAAGUCCCUCUUAAUACAGUGUGGUCAGUUCUGGGUAGAGGUGUGUGCCUUUCCUGUUUACAACCUCAGAUUUUAGUGUUAUGUGUAUUUUCUGUUAUCAGCCUGUGCAUAGUACACACUGCACUGUUCCAAUCAAAGAUCAGACAGAAGUAUCAAUCUAAACUCAAAUCUUAUUUUAGCUUGUGGGAAAUCAGAGUAUCAUAUCAUCUCUAGUUCUCUCUCACUCACAAACUCCUGGGAAACUCUCACACUACUACUUUUGCUGUCCUGACUCUGCCAUCUUGGUUUUUCUAUUCCUUCUCUUCCUCAUGGUGCAUGCAUUCCCAAAGUCAGGGUUGGCUUAGACCUCCUGUAGCCCAAUGUUUCUUCUUCCUACUGGUUGCUUUUCCCUAAAUAAUCCAUUAAGAAUAUUUUGUUUCUCUUUACUAAGAGAUCAGAGGAAAGAAAUGAUCAGGUGUAAGUAAAGAAAAUAAAUAAGUGAAUGCUUUGCAUAUUAAAAAGUUUUUAAUCUCAUCAUAGAAGAUUAAACAGUGCGAAAUGAGAAAACAUAGGAAAAAGAGAAAUAGUUGAACCUGAGGGGGGUAUUUUAUUUAAGUCUGGAAUGAAGUUACACAUACAAGAUCAUAAUACUUAUAAAGAGGAACAGGACAAUUUAAAGUCAUUAAUUGUAAAAAAAAAAUAUAACUUCUUUUAAAAUUAUGUUCUG